AUGAGUCCUAAACACAUCGUCUUCAAGAAGCUGUCCCGUGACAAGUCGGUCAGCGUGUAUAUGGGGAAGAGGGAUUUUGUGGACCACUGUGACUUCGUGGAUCCAGUGGAUGGAGUAGUCCUGAUUGACCCAGAGUUGGUGCAUGGCAAAAAAGUGUAUAUCAUGCUGUCCUGCACAUUCCGGUAUGGCCGUGAUGACAUGGACGUCAUGGGUGUUGCAUUCCGCAGAGACAUCUACCUGUCCACCCGUCAGGUUUACCCUCCCCUCCAGGAUAAGGAACGGAGCAUACACACUAAAAUUCAGGAACGACUGCUGCACAAGCUGGGGGACAAUGCAUAUCCCUUCUUCUUUGAGUUCCCAGACAACUUGCCCUGCUCUGUGGCUCUCCAGCCUGCUCCUACUGAUGUGGGAAAGCACUGUGCUGUGGAGUUCGAAGUGAAAGCUUUCUAUGCUGAGAACCAAGAGGAGAAAAUUCACAAACGGAGCUCUGUGCGACUGGCUAUCCGAAAGGUCCAGUACGCACAAGAGCAGGUUGGAGCUCCUCCAGUGGUGGAGACGACCCGUGAGUUUGCCAUGUCCGACAACCCUCUUCACAUGGAGGUCAGCCUGGAGAAGGGGACGUACUACCACGGGGAGCCAAUUAACGUCACCGUGAACAUCACAAACAGUUCCAACAGGCCUGUGAAAGAAAUCAUUGUUUCAGUGGAGCAGGUGACCAAUGUGGUGCUGUAUUCCAGUGACAAGUAUGUGAAAACGGUGGCUUUGGAGGAGACCUCAGAUUCUGUACCUGCCAGCAGCAGCUUGAAGAAAGUGUACACCCUCCUUCCACUCCUGGCCAACAAUCGUGAGAGACGUGGUCUGGCCCUUGAUGGAAAGCUGAAGCAUGAAGACACAAAUCUGGCUUCCUCUAGCAUUGUGAAGGAGGGUGUGCUGAAGGAAGUACUGGGCAUGCUAGUGUCCUAUCGAGUCGUGGUAAAGCUCAUAAUUGGAGGGAUGAUUGGAACCAGCGAGGUUGGAGUAGAGCUUCCAUUUUUUCUCAUGCACCCUAAACCUGACGUGGUAAAAGAAAGCGAGCUGGAGGAGGAGAUGGUGUUUGAAGAAUUCAAACGCUCCUACCUGAAAGGCAUGAUCGCCGAUGACGACGAGUCACCAGCCGAGGGAUAGAGGCUCUACGUGGUCCCUGGGGAUAGGUGUGACAGGCACGUCGAGUGUGUGACACGUUCCCAGAAACGCCGCA